GGCCACCAAUCGGAGAGAAAGAAUCCGCAAGAAUAUCGUAUCGCACUGUGGUCGCACGGACAGCCAGAACACACAGCCAUCGGACGAGAAUCGCAGCCAUCUCUGUGCUCUAGUGAAAAAAAAACGGAGAGCUCGAGUGGAGAACAUAAAAAUCGGAUAGAUUCCUGUUCCGGUCAGUGGUUUACCGUUUGAUAGUUUCUUCCGGGUGCAACAUUUUCAAUCGGACGAUGCAUGCGAUCCAUGCGUAACCCCGAAAAUCGAUGUUUUUCUACCAUUUAGGUGACGGUGAAAAUGUUCAUGUACGGACGGUGAUUUUUCUUCCCGAGUCUUGAAUGGCUUUUUUCGAUGUGAAAGCUAAUUAUUUUCUUGAUUUAGCCCUUCUAAAAGUUCCGUUAGUGUGUCCGAGUAAUAUACGUCGUUCUAAUACUAAGUGAUCGUCGAAUUUUUGGAUUAAGUGUCGACUGUGUAAAUUUUGAGUAUCGUUUUUUUUGCAAAAAAGUAUCUAUCAUCCAAAAAAAAGUGUGAAUGAAGAAAGGCACUCUAAAAGCUAGCGAAAAAGAGUGCGACGCAUGCACCACAGAGAAAGAAAAAGUGGUGUGGAAUCCUAGCUAGUGUGAGUGAGAAUCAUACAAUUGCAUUCAUUGCAUUGGACAUCCAAAAUUGAAUUACUGUCCAGUAAAAGUCAUUACUCAGUGCCAGUUAUUCGCUAAAUCUAAGUUAGAUCUAAACAAGGAUUUACCAAGAAAGUCCAUUCAAUUCGUUUUCUAAAGGACGGCAGUCAAUCGCACACGCACACAACCAAGAAGAAUACGAGAUUCCUAUUCGAUUGAUUUUUGCUACUGCGGCUCUGUUCUACAGUGCUAACUGGCUUGUUACAUUCCGGUUCUCCAAGUUUUAAGGGUAGCAGCGUGCAGGACCCGUAGUUGAAACAACGAAAGCGAGUGCUGAACUGGCAAACGAACUCGCCACCGUCGGCAGUCAUCAUCACGACCGGACAUUUGAUGUUGGAUUAGCUACUUGCUGUCACCCCUGCCUAGUGUAAUGUCAGUGAAUUUUAUAUAACGCCACCAGAAAGAAGUAAAGUGCUUCAAAAUCACUCAAUUUUAUGGUUACCGUCGUCUUUGUGGCUUGGCUUUGGUUUUCUUCCAGAAAAGGGUCUUCUUUCCGUGAGUCAGUAUUUUUAGUAGUUUCUCGUAUUGGUUAAAAAUCAAUACAGUCAAUAGGUGUUGGUCAAGUGUAGCGUGCGUUUAUUUGUGGCAAGCAAAAAUACGGAAGGAAGACCAAGCAAGCGGCGAAAACGUUAUUUUGAGUGCUAUUUUGUGAUUAUCGUCAUUUCGAAGAGAGUGAAAAAAGCAACAACAACAAGAAAAAUCGGUGUGAGUCUGUGUUUCUGUUCGAGUCACGCAGUCCGGCGGUCUUAUCAACAGCCAGUGCCAGAUAGUGCCAUCGAAGAUUGACCUUUCGAUAGCGGUCGGUCUGUUGCGGAUAACUGUGUAGUGGCAACGGCAACAACAGCAUCAGCAGCAGCAUGUCCAGCGAAGAGGACAAACCACCGGCACCACCGGUACGGCUUACCAGCAAUCGAGGUGGUGGCGAUCGGAUCGAUAGUACCGCACCGGUGGACAUGAAACCUCUGCCCAAAGAACCAGAUGACGCCGACCGGAAGAAGAAAACGCUCAAAAAUAAAAUCAAGGUCUCCAAGGCAUCCCACAAUGACUCGAAACCGAACAUCUCAUAUCCGACCAAUUUCGAGCAUACGGUCCACGUAGGAUUCGACGCAAUCACCGGCGAGUUCACGGGUAUGCCAGAGCAAUGGGCGCUUAUGUUGAAGAACUCUAACAUUAGCAAACAGGAACAGAAGAAAAAUCCCCAGGCGGUACUGGAUGUGCUCAACUGGUUCGACAACAGCAGCAAACAACGACCCAGUUCCAAGUAUAUGACCCAUGGUUUGCAUACCACAACGCACUCUGCAUCGUCCAUAGGUUCCUCGCUGAGCCGAGUCAGCAGCAGUAGCCCGAGCAGCACCCCGACGGAUUCGGAGUCGCACGGUCCGGGCGUCAACCAGGUACAUCUGUCCAGUUCUCAUUCGCAAGCGUACAGCUUAGGACCACUGUCGUCGCAUCACAACUCGACCGGCGAACGGGACAGCGACGAACUUGGCGGGCUCAGCAGCGGAGGCAGCAUCAGUGGCAAUGGCAUCCCACCGCCAAUCGCCAGUCGACCCGAGCGGACCAAGUCUAUCUAUACGAGGCCUAUCGAUGAUCUGUCGACGAUCUCACCACCAAUACCUCCGCAUCUCAGUAGUAACGCGACGACCGGCGUCCGCAGUCCCACGUUCGAUAAGAACAAAAAUUCGACGACGAUCCUCACAUCGACGGUAAACACCAACUCGACAACGGCAGCGACGGCACAAACACCAACCGCCGCCAGUAAUCUGAACAACGCCAAUAAUCAACUGCAAGGUAACGAUGAUAAUACAAUACUAACCGUACUAACACCAACUAGCAAUAAAACCGACUCACUAAUAACGGAAACGGCCACGACAACGGUCUCUCCGACUACCAUAUCGACGACACCAACGACGAUAACAGCAACAACAACAACAACAACAACUACAACCACACCAUCUACAACAUGUCCAUCCUCACCAACAGCAACACCAAUGGGCACAACGACGACGGCUGUGCCAUCUGUAGGAGGAGGUGGGGUCGGAGUAGCCACGACGACACCGACGACGAACAAUGAACCCAGCACGCAGCAGCGCGCAAACCUAAAAAAGAAAAAAAUGUCCGACGAAGAGAUCCUCGAAAAACUCCGAACCAUCGUCAGUGUGGGUGAUCCAAAGCGGAAGUACAACAAAAUGGAGAAAAUCGGUCAGGGUGCAUCGGGAACCGUGUAUACAGCAAUCGAAAGCUCAACAGGUAUGGAGGUGGCCAUCAAACAGAUGAACCUUAGCCAACAACCGAAGAAGGAGCUGAUCAUCAACGAGAUCUUGGUGAUGCGAGAGAACAAACAUCCGAAUGUGGUCAACUAUCUCGAUAGUUAUUUGGUAUCCGAGGAGCUGUGGGUAGUGAUGGAGUAUCUGCCGGGUGGCUCGCUGACGGAUGUUGUGACCGAGACCUGCAUGGACGAAGGCCAAAUAGCAGCAGUAUGUCGCGAGGUGUUACAGGCACUGGAGUUCCUUCACAGUAACCAGGUGAUUCACCGGGAUAUUAAGAGUGACAACAUUCUGCUGGGGCUGGACGGUAGUGUGAAGCUAACCGAUUUCGGUUUCUGUGCGCAAAUUUCACCGGAACAAUCGAAGCGAACGACAAUGGUUGGCACACCGUACUGGAUGGCACCGGAGGUGGUCACGCGAAAGCAGUACGGACCUAAGGUCGAUCUCUGGUCUUUAGGCAUCAUGGCAAUCGAGAUGAUCGAAGGCGAACCGCCAUAUUUGAACGAGAACCCUCUGCGGGCUCUCUACCUGAUUGCCACUCACGGCAAACCGGAAAUCAAGGAAAAGGAAAGGCUUAGUCCCGUAUUCCAGGAUUUCCUCGACCAGUGCCUAGAAGUGGACGUUGAUCAGCGAGCUACGGCAUUUGAGCUACUGAGGCAUCCCUUCCUGAAACUUGCUCGACCACUAGCAAGCCUAACGCCUCUAAUAAUGGCUGCAAAGGAAGCUACAAAAGGACACUGAGAUGAGGCCAAACCAGUGGAAAGCGGUACAGAGCCGGUAGAAGCAACGACUACAGCUGCUUCCUAAAAACCAGUGCUGUACUGUUCGUAUGUUCGUGCAGGCGUGUGUAUGUCGGAACUAGCAGUCGCUCUCGAUCGCAAUCGUAGGCGUCUGUACAGUGCUGUUGUACUGACACAUGUGAUUGAUGCUUAAAUCCAAUGAGCUGAAUUCUACACACAGAACAAGUCAUGGCACAUGUGAUGACUGAUGGAUGCUAGUGUGAGCGCAAAGCGUUUGAGAGAUGAGAGCGAACGAGAAAGUCAACCAAUAAUAGAUCCAUAAGAAACAAAAUAAAUUAGUGCAAGUACUAUAUUUAAAACAUGUUACAACUAAGCAGAGAAGUCUAAGAGAGUUGUUAAAACGGAAGCAAGCUCUUCCUAGACGGAACAAUAACAGAGAGAGACCACAAUAGCAAAUGUGUGAAAACAUUUGAAACUUGAGAAAGCAAAGACACAACGUAAAUCAAGCGAACGAGUGUACAAUAUUGUUUGGUAGUGUAGCUCAUUGUAGUCUGAAACAAUUGUAGAAACUGUGUGAAUGUAUAUAUAGAGUACAAAUGGUGUAGAAUCAGAUGCAAUGCAAAAACUAACAUUUUUGCGCCUAAUUUCGACCAUCGCGUCUUUUCUCACGGAUGGUCAUAUGAUUGAUACGUGUUUAGAAGCCAGAAGGAGUAUACAGCAUGUUCAAGUUCGCUCAAACGCUUACCACAUGUAGAGACAAAAUCCGACAAACAAGCAUAGGAACGAGAUUGACAAAAUUACAUCAAAUCAAACCAGAAAAUAAAAUGAAAAGUGCCUACACCAAGUGUAUGUGUCAGCAGAAUAUUAUGCUUAGCCGCAAAACAAACCACAGAGCAAGAAGAACACGAUUUAAAUUAUUUAACCAAUAUUUAUGUGUGAGCUAGUUGUGAAGCUAGAACAAAAGUUCACAAUCUAAUAUUCAAACAAUACAAGUAUUACCUGUCAUUUAGCAAUCACUUACGUUUUCUCCGUUUUUUUCUCAAUAGUAUCUAUGCACUAUCGCCGCAGCCACCGCUACGUACUAACGACUAUUUGACUGCUUGGCUAUAUUUAGGAAACUAUUUACGCAAGUCGAGUACUGGAGAAUGAAAACAAUAAUUUCGUCGGUCGUAUCAUCAUAGCUUUGUGAUCCAAUCACCAUUCCGUCGAGGUUGGUACCAUUUAGCAACAAAGAGAAAAUCUACCAAUCCUGCAAUCCUGUCGGUAAGCUUGCAGGUUUGCGACGGACAUGAAAGAGAGUGUACAAAUUUGAAUGUGCAUGGCAAUUUAUCCUACCAUCUAACAUCACAAAAUUCGCAAACCUAUGUUCUAUCCAACAGCACAUUCGAGCACCUAGUUUUUCUGAUUAAUGAGGCUACAUUUAUAUCUGUAAUGUAUUAUCGAAAAAAAUAUUUUGAGAUUUUAAUUUUGAUACAUACUGUGUCCCUUAUUACCGAUAUCACUACACGGUGAAAACAAAGUGAAGUGAUUGUAACCCUUAUUAUCGGUAUCACUUCACGGUGAAAAUCAAGUUAGGUGGAUGUAGUUCUAUAACAAAAGUCGCUUCAGAGAAAAAAUAAUUACUUCGUUGAGCUUGUUGUUAUUAUGAAUAACAAAUCAACAAAAUUUUGUUAGAAAAAAGAUUUUUUUCACUACAGUGUUUACUGCACUGAGCGUGAUACUGGUAAUAGGUAAAUGCCCUUUUCACCGUUCUCACUUCCACUUUCACGUUCACUUCACUUACAUGUCACUUUACUUGAUUUUUCCUAUUACCGGUAUCACACAUAGUGAAGUGAUCACUGUGGUGGAAAAAACAUUUUUUUAUAACAAAAUGUUGGUGGCGUGAUGUUCAUGAUGGCAGCAAGUUCAUCCAAGUAAUAACUUUUGUCUCUGAAGCGACUGCCGUAAUAAGGACCUACAUUCACUUCACUUGAUUUCCACCGUGAAGUGAUACCCAUAAUAAGGGUCACAGUCACUUCACUUGGUUUUCACCGUGUAGUGACACCGGUAAUAAGGGCCAAAAUCAAGUGAAGUGACAUGUGAGUGAAGUGAAAGUGGAAGUGGAAGUGAGAACGGUAAUAAGGGUCUGUGUCUAUUCGUCGUGUUAUUUUCCUAAAUUUAGGUUCCAAUUCCGGAUUUUCAUGGUGUUUGAAAUUUAUUAGUGUUUUGUCAUAAAACUUCAAAAUUACUUAAAAUUGGGUAAUAAUUUUCUGUAAUUCAUAGAACUCGAUAGAUGAUUACCAAAUAAACUGAUUACCGAAACUUCAUUUAUGUCGAAUAUUUGUAGAGCCUUCUCUCCUAGGCUAAAUUCCUAAACCUUAGACUAAACGCUACCUAUCAAAUAACAACUGUGUAAAACUUGCGCCAUCUUACUUACAUUCUUUUAUUUACACAUUUUUUCAAUUGUUGCGUUUUUGAAAUCUUGUCUCCUUAUGCACGUGAACUUGUCUCCUUAUGCACUCAAACCCAAACAUAGGGUUAGAAAGUUUUUCUUGUCCGAAGAGGGUUUCGAUGUUUACUCCUCGGUUGUUAAAAUGGUAUCGAAGCAAGAGUAGCAACGGGCCAAAAUUUUGCUCUCCCAUCGCGAAAAUCGAGACUACUCGCACGCAAAUUAGUCGAAAUUAAUAAUGUGCAAAACUAACAAGUACUAUUGUAAUAAAAGAAAGCUGAAUCAUGACUUUCUGAUUUUGAAGAUCUUUCUGAACAGGAAUAUUCAACGGCUACUGGAAGAGAUAUUUUCAGAUACCUUGGGCUAAAGAAAUAUCGCGUGUGACGAGCCAUCUAUUCCAAUGGCAUGAUGAGCGACAUUUAAAUCACGACCGGAAUCAUCAACCAAAAAAAUUUAUGUACCGGAGCUUCUAGAAAAACUUUUGUUUCCUUUGUUCAAACAGUACAAGUGCUCCGUCCUGUUUUGGCUGGAAUUGUCAUCUCGGUAUCAUGGAACGGUAUUCCACGAACCAAAUCCUGCUCAAGGAAAUUAUCCACCCAAUAGAAAAAAUUUGAGACAAGUACAAAUACAAGAAAAAGCGACAGGCUGUUGUCAGCGAGUUGCAGUUUAAGGAAAACUGACAGCUCCUUCAACCAUCGCUUCUAGUAGUGUGACGACGCCAGAUCCGGCCAGAAUACCGCGACUUCGCUGCUACGGUAUUUCUUGAUAAACGACGCAACUUCCGGCAUGCAUUUCUUACUAUAAAUUUCCCCGUUCAUGAUCAGUCCGGAGCGAAAGAAGAGCAGCUGUGACAUCCCCUUCUCACUGAUUGUCAGCCAAAGUCACUUCUUGGGGAACUUGGUGUGUGAAAUGAACUUUAUGUCGGAGCUUACUUCCUUUGUGUGGGAAGUAAAAUACGAAGUUCCCUGCCAGUCGUUGCCAUCCAGCCAGUUGACCAUCUUAUUUGGCCCCUGCGACAUUGCCUGCAGCUCCGAAACCAGUGAACGCAACUUCCGCUUCCUGACAUAUGUGUUCAUGGUCGCCAGGUACCUUUUCACUGUUUAGCCGGUUGCACCGACCUCCCGGCCAAGCGCACGCAGCGAUGUUGCCACUUUUCUCUCGGUCUUCCUCUGCAGCUUCCUUUUGAGCUUUUUGUCGUCCGGAACCGGGCUUUUUUCACGAUACUCUGAUUGUUGUCUAAUAGUGCCAUCCGGCGUCCACAAAGUGCCGCACGAUGUCCGUUUUCUACGCUCAGGGUCCCGUUCAUUGAACGCGCACAAUUCUGACAGAGUUGCUUCACUGUGUUUGCCAUCCCGGUUAGAAUUCGACUGAUAGAGCUGUCAAAUUUUGUAUGCUGAUUCAUGGGUUACUAUUAUUGAUUUGUUCGUUAGCGCGGGUAAUGUAACAGUUCGGCUGAAAAGUUCGUAUCGUUUAAUAGAAACACACAUUUUUGUUGCCAAAAUUCGUUUUUAUUAUUCAACAUAAUUGCCAUACAGCGAUUACAGCGAUCUUCCAACUUUUCGAUACCAUUUUUGUAGUACGAUUUGUCCUUUGCCUCAAAAUAGGCCUCAGUUUCAGCGAUUACCUCUUCAUUGCUUUUAAAUUUUUUACCAGCGAGCAUUCUCUUGAGGUCUGAGAACAGGAAAAAGUCACUGGGGGCCAAAUCUGGAGAAUACGGUGGAUGAGGGAGCAAUUCGAAGCCCAAUUCGUUUAAUUUCAGCAUGGUUUUCAUCGACUUGUGACACGGUGCAUAGUCUUGGUGAAACAAAACUGUUUUUCUUCUUCAAAUGAGGCCGUUUUUUUUAAAUUUCAUCCUUCAAACGCUCUAAUAACGCUAUAUAAUAGUCACUGUUGAUGGUUUUUCCCUUUUCAAGGUAGUCGAUGAAAAUUAUACCAUGCGAAUCCCAAAAUACAGACGCCAUAACCUUACCGGCCGAUUGUUGAGUCUUUCCACGCUUUGGGUUCGGUUCAUCGCGUGCAGUCCACUCAGCUGACUGCCGAUUGGACUCCGGAGUGAAGUGAUGGAGCCAUGUUUCGUCCAUUGUUAUAUAUCGACGAAAAAAAUCGGUUUUAUUUCGAUAUAACAGUAUUGAUCGAUUGUGAGCUCACGCGGCACCCAUUUUGCACAGUACGAAAUUUUGCAAACCACUUACGAAUUGUUGCUUCGCCCGGUGCAGAGUCUGGAUAACACUCAUCAAGCCAUUUUUUGGCAUCGGCGGCACUUUUUUUCAUCAAAAAGUAGUGUUUCAUCAACACACGAAAUUCCUUUUUUUCCAUUGUUUUCACAAUAACAAAAUUAGCUUCACUCAAAAUGCAAUAUCUCACAAACUAAUAAU